AUGGUACAUCGAUCGAUGGCUUCGUCGAAGCUUCUCGCCCUCGGGAUCGUCCUGCUCCUCCUCAUCAACCUCGCGACCUUCGCCGUCGCCGACGUCGACGACGACGACCGCCCGAAGCGCGAGAGAGAGCGCAAGAGGGACGGCUCGGGCAACCGGGACCAGGAUUGCAACAGGGACCGCGACCGUGACAGGUCCUGCGGCAAGUCUGGCGGCACGCAAAAAGCUGGCGCCGGCCGGCAGGGCGGCGGCGGCGGGGGAAGCGUCGAUGGCGCGGGUGCGGGUUGUGGUGGGCGGCUAGGCGGCAGCAACAACGGCAAAAACGGCGAUGGCGCGGGUGCGGGUCGUGGCGGGCAGCUGGGCGGCAGCAACAGAGCGGGGAAGGUGUGGCAGGGCAAGAAGGGCGGUGGAAACUGUAGUGGCGGGUCCGGCUCGUGCAACGGCGGGGGCGGAGGCGAAGGGUCGGGGAGAAACGCGGCGGCGGUGAGCAUUCACAGUGCCGUGCUCGGCGGUUGCAUGCAGAGCGCGGGGUACGUGGUGGCGGACAACCGGGAGAGGGAUCGCAAGAGGGACGGAUCUGGCGACCAGGACCGCGACCGCGACCGCAAGCGCGACGGCUUCGGCUCCAGCUCUGCCCGCAUACGGUAUCUGAGAAAGGAGAAGCGCCAUCGCUUUCUGGGAGGUGGUUGGUGGGUUCUUGCACUUGGGUGGUGGGGGCCAGGGAGAGGGGGGUUUCGGCGGGGGAGGUGGGGGGACGGGUUUCAUAGGAGGUGGUUACAAAAGGGGUUUGAAGGGGUUGGGAGGGAAAGAAUUCAGCCUGCCAGUCUGGCUCAUCUCUGGGAGAAAGAGCGCCAUCGCCUCUUGGGAGGUGGUGGGUACUUGCGCUUGGGUGGGGGUGGGCUGGGAGGAGGGAGUUUUGGUGGUGGGGGGCUGGGCUUUCUAGGUGGGCUGGGAGGAGGUUUCAGAGGUAUGGGAGGUGGUUUGGGGGGAGGGAAUGGAGGGGGCUUGGUGGGAGAAGAGGGAGGGGGUCUUGGUGGGGGAGAAGUUGUGAGUGAUUUCAGUGGUGGGGGGCUUGGGGGUGGUCUAGGGGGAGGGGAGGGUGGAGGCUUAGGGGGAGGGGAGGGUGGAGGCCUAGGGGGAGGGGAGGGCGGAGGCCUAGGGGGAGGGGAGGGCGGAGACUUAGGGUGA